AUGUAUAUAUGUUACACGUCUAUAGCUAUCGCAGGGGGGGGGGGGGCGAUAGGAGGGGCGCCUUUUGUAGAUCUUAUUAGCGAAACAGCGCCAAAUAUAAUUUUUUUGACCACCAUCUUCAGAACUGAACGCAAUGUUUAUAUCGAAUUCACUUUAUCCCCGUACAAGAGACUCCUAGUCAUCGACUUGAGCGCCUUAACGAUCUGCGCCUUGGUCAUGGCGGGGUUCUCCACCAGGUCCAGCCUGGCCUCCAGCAGAUUGAGGAGGAAGUUAACGAAGUCCACGUCCAAAGCUUGCUUCACCAACUGGUCCUGGUUGUUGGAAAACAGGCGAUGGAGGGCUUCGCACGCCACUGCGACCAUGUCUCGCCGCGCUUGCAUUGCUUGCUUUAAGGGGUGCAUGCAGUCGGUUUGGGCGAUGGCGUUCACGCAGAUCUGA